AUGGAGACUAAGACGAAUACUGAGGUUAUCGAAAAUGCCAACUCCGACCAAAGAGAUGAUGGGCCCGUCAAGAGCAUGGGUCCCAUUAUGCGAUCUCGGGAAGAUGACCUUGGCAUGUUGCAAUGUGUCAGGCGAUUCAAGACUGUGUCGUGGGUUGCCAUGAUUGCGGCGUUCAGCGCAUCACUCGAUGGGUAUCAAAUCAAUCUAAAUGGCGGCAUCGUUUCGAAUAAAGGUUUCAUCCAACAAAUGGCGACACCUGGCACAACAAUCAUCCUAGGAAAGUACAUCUCUGCAUGGGGAGGAAUUCAAUCCGCGGGUCAAACAGUUGGUCAAAUUUUCCUCCAAUACGCAACUGAAAAAUAUGGUCGCAAAGUCGCAUUCUACAUCAUCUGGGUCGACAUCGUGAUCAGCGUCUUCAUUGAGACUUUUGCCACAAGCUGGGAACACUGGCUCGUUGCCAAACUUUUCUCCGGAAUGGGCGUUGGUAUGCUCCAGUCAACCAUGCCUCUAUAUCUGUCCGAGAUUGCACCCACACAGCUGCGAGGUUUCUUCAUCAACGCAUACAGCUUCUGGUUUGUAUUAGGCCAGAUCUUUGCCUCGGUGGCUCUUCAAAAUCUCAGCAAAAAUGACCCGUACGACUUCCGGGUUCCCAUUUAUACACAGUGGGCUAUGGUCGGGCUGAUUGCUGUCAUCUUCGUCAUAAUCCCCGAAUCACCGUGGUGGCUUGUCAGUCAAGGCAAGAUCGACAAGGCGGGCAAGAUCUUGAAUUGGUUCAACGGCAAGGUUGACGGGUACAGUGUGGACGAACAAAUCGAAAUCAUGACUGCGACAGUCACGGAAGAACGCAUUGUCGCUGAGCGCAAUGCAGAGGAGGGCACAUGGGCUGUGUUCCAGGGACGCAAUCGAAUUCGAUUCCUCAUCGCCGCUUGGCCCAAGAUCGCCCAGCAGCUAGUUGGCUUGGCUGUUUUCAACACUUAUGCGACUUAUUUCUUCCAAUACGCGGGCAGCAAAGACCCUUUCCUGGUCACUGUCAUUCUCUCCUGUGUGCAGCUCCUAUCCAUGAUCUUGACUGCUUCAACCACCGACAAGCUUGGUCGUCGUCCGUUGACGAUUUAUCCUUACGCCGUGACAUCUGUCUCUGUUUUGUGUCUCGGUAUCAUCGGCUGCUUCGAUUAUACCAAACCAGCCACCAGCUCUCUUCUUAUAUUCUUUGCUUGUCUGGCCACUCUCUCAACAACCGGUGCAUCGGCGAUCGGAUACGCCUAUGCAGCUGAAAUUCCCCAGCAACGUCUGCGCGCAAAGACAGCUGGCUGGGCACUAGCAGCUUCCAACGGAAUCGCAAUCAUGUUCAGCUUCUGCACACCUUUAAUGAUCAACAACAAGCCUGUAUCGGCCUGGGGCGUCAAGACCGGUUUCUUUUUUGCCGGAACUGGCACGGUCGCUGUUUUUGUCGCUUGGCUCAUUCUACCUGAGGUCGCACGUCGCACACCUGCCGAGAUUGAUGAAAUGUUUGAGAAGAAAGUCGGUCUUCGGAAGUUCAAAGGCUAUGUUACGGAGGUGCAGAUGCGUUCGAAUGAGCAGUAUGGUGAACUUGAGAUGCGCUAA